AUGGAUUUGUUGGAGCCUACUUUCGAAGAUAAGCGAAAACAUAACUUUCUUCAGGGUCAAGUGGAGCUUGAGCGUCGGAAGCAAGAGCUAGCCGAGAAGAUGAGACGUGAAGAAGAGGCUCGGGAAAUGAAAGAACGAGAAGAAUGGGAGAGACAGGAUCAAAUUAGGCAAGAAAAGGAGCGCGAACGUCAACUUGAGGCUGAGCGUCAGGUCCAGCGACAGCGUCAAAUUGAGGCUCAGCGAGCCGCCAAGCGUCAAUCCGCCGUAGAAGCUCGCCUCCAGGCUUUUAAGGAGGCUGAGCACCAACGCUAUGUGCAGUUGGAACGCCAACGAGUCGAACAUCUCCAAAAGGAGAAGGCUAGGGAGCAGGCACUAUUAGAGCAGAGUAAAGCACAUCGAGCAAGUCUUCUUGAAAAUGCUUCAGGUCUGGCAUCCAGGAGUGCAGAUCAUGAGUCGCAGCUGACUCAAGCCCAGGCCGAGGUUGAUCGGAUUAAAAUGGCCAUAGGAGAAUUGCGUAGCCACCGAGACGCAUAUGAUUUAGAGCUACGAGAGCUAACCGAACAAGUGGAGGCAGCCAAAGCCGAGCUGAUGCGUUGGCAACGUGAGAAAGAGCAACUGAGCCUGCGUGUCUUCACAGGUGUCGAUGUCAACCAGGCGACGGAGCAGCUUAAGACUUUAGCUGCCAACAAGGAGGUAUGCUUUUAUCUCAGUACGUCAUAA